AUGAGCAAGCUUGCAUCGAGAGCGACGCAGACGAUCUCGUCAGCUUGGUCAGAUGCCAAAGAACCAGGCGCAUCAUGGAUGGAAGCAGCUGCGAGUCACCUCAACUUCUAUCGGGUCCAUUUUGUCUUCUUCGUCCUCAAUCCUCUGAUGUGGUCACUCAUCAUGUAUGCAUCGAACGGGCCGAACCAUAUCAGAUAUAUCGACUGUCUGUUCAAUUGUGUAUCGGCGACAUGUGUAUGCGGUCUCAAUUCGAGUCUCUUGGGCGUCAUGACAGGCUGGCAGCAAGUCAUCUUGUUCAUACAGAUGAUCGAAGGCUCUAUCGUCACGGUCUCGAUCGUGACCAUCAUGAUCAGGCGGCAUUUCUUCCGCAAAGCCUUCAAAGAGCUCAUCAAAUUGGACGAGAAGAGCUGCAGACGAGUAGAGGACGUCGAGCAAGCGCAAAAGCGACGCCAAGGCACCUUUCUGCAUCGCGUCCUCCACCCAGGCCAUCAUCCAAGUCCAGAAGAACCUAUCAUGAUGGACAAGCCCCUCAGAGCUUCGCCAUCAUCGAGCCUGUCACCGCCUGGCGACAGUGAAACGCUCGAGAAGUCACCGAGUACAGAUCGAGCGCGAGCGAAGAAAACUCACGACGAUAUUGUUGAGAAAUUGCGGUUGCGCGAACAGGAGCGGAUGCAGCAAGCGCAGGCUGAUAAGGAACGUCGCGAGCAAGAGAAGCGCAAGAAGAAGAAGACCGGACCUGUCACCGUUGGCAUGAUCAAGCGUACUGACGAGCCACCCAAAGUCAACAUGAUGUCUGUAGGUGGAUGGCUGUCGGAUCAUCCAACGGCCGAAGGGCCCGCAGGGGAGAUUCAAGACGCGCAAGCGCUUGCACGAGAAACAUCGCAGACUGGUAAUGGGCAUGUGCCUUCCCAGCCCGUAACCGCCGACAACUCGGCCAACAUCAGCCGGGCAGCUUCUCCGGCGUUGAAUUCCGCAGACUUUGGCUCACGCGACAGAAGUGGUCAGGCGUCUCCAUUCGAUCCAUCGUCGCCUUCGUCCGGCGCGAACAAGCAGAGGCGGCGCAAUAGUGAUCCGGCUACAGCUUCUAGAACGCCGAACCUCGAAGUGCCGCGCACUAACACGAUCGCUCACUUUGCUGAAUCGCCUCAUCCGCCGCAUCAUACCCUGAACUUUGCGGAACCAAGCCAAGAGGCUUACGGCCGGCGGCAGAGCGUCUAUGAGCCCGAGCAAACGAUACGGCAGCGUCACCCGACCGCUGCGAGCCAUAAUCUCAAUCUCGAACGCACAAUGACGAGGCGCUCUCUGGCUCGCCACGAGACGAUGCCACGGUCUGUGACACGUCAAGCUACGAUGACACAAGGUUUCGGUGGCUUCCCAAAUCCCCUAGCAGAAGGUGUGCGAGUAUUGCGCAGGGCGGCAGAUCAAGCGAUCAGAAAGACCAUGACGAUGCCGCAAACGUAUUCGCGCACCGGCACUGUACAAUCGGCGCAUUCGACCGGUGCGAUAUCUGCAGCUACGACCAAUCGCAACUAUCUGUCGUUUGAUCCACAAGUCAGGCGAAACUCUCACUUUGUCAAGUUGACUGCAGCGCAAGAAGAAGAACUCGGCGGAGUCGAAUAUCGAGCUCUUUCUGUACUGCUUAAAAUCGUCAUUGGCUACUAUCUCGGUGUUCACUUGAUAGCAUGCCUUAUCCUGGCACCUUAUCUCACUUAUGGCGCGCCUCAGUACGCCUCAAAUUUCACUCAGACCGGCGGCUAUACCUCACCUGUUUGGUACAUCUUUUUCAACGUAUGGUCUGCCUUCAGCAAUACGGGCAUGUCACUCCUCGAUUCCAGUCUCACACUCUUCCAGGAUGCCUAUCUAUUGCUAAUUGUCACGAUCUUCCUCAUCCUGGCAGGCAACACUGCUUUCCCUGUGUUUCUCCGAUUAACGAUCUGGAUACUCGCAAAGUGCUCGCCAAGGCAAUCACGUUACAGAGAGACGCUCGACUUUAUCCUCGAUCACCCUCGACGGUGCUAUAUCUAUCUAUUUCCGACGUACCAAACUAUUUACCUCGCCGUCGUCGUAUUGCUGCUCACCUGCAUCGACUGGCUGUCUUUCCUCGUGCUCGACAUUGGUAAUGACUAUCUCGGCGCCAUCCCACUGCAUACGCGUGUUAUCGAUGGUCUGCUCCAAUCUGCUGCGGUCAGAGCGGCAGGCUUUCAGGUUGUCAAUCUAGCCGCAACAGCGCCAGCUGUCCAGCUUCUCUAUGUGAUCAUGAUGUACGUCGCUGUGUACCCGAUUGCGUUGUCGAUCCGAGCCACGAACGUCUAUGAAGACAAGGCUCUGGGCAUCUACGACGACGACGAUGACGAGUCUGAGGUCGAUGCAGAGUUCGAGCAGAAGAAGGACACCAAAGGCUAUCUCGCUUAUCACGCCCGACGUCAGCUUGCUUUCGAUCUGUGGUACGUUGUACUGGCAGCUUGGCUUAUCUGCAUCAUCGAGAAACACAACAUUCAGAAUGUAGACCUGCCUUGGUUCUCUAUCUUCUCGAUCAUCUUCGAGAUUGUCUCUGCAUACGGUACUGUCGGUCUAUCACUCGGAUCGCCCGUGCUAGGCACAUCGCUCUCGGGUUCAUUCAGUCAGCUAUCUAAGAUCAUCAUCUGCAUGGUCAUCAUUCGUGGCAGACACCGAGGCCUGCCGAUCGCGAUAGAUCGUUCGAUCAUGCUGCCCAAUGCGCUCGACAUGCAAGCCAAAUCAGAUGCAGAAGGCGCUAGUCUCCACCGAACAAAGUCAUGGAGGCGUGCAUCGCUCGUGCCUGAGCUCACGAGCGAUUCGCGCACACGCCAAGACAGCAUGCCCGGUGAACAUGUGUAUCCGCCGACAUUCUCUGAUCAGGGCGGCAUUGUCGAGGAUGAGAAGACACAGAGACAGCGACAGCAGAGCGUUCCUGCUACAGGUAUCUCGUUUGCAAAUCCUCACGCAGCACGAGAUGCAAGAACACUCCAGAACGGCAAGGAUCAGUCAUCAAGUGAAUCCAGUGGGUCAGGGCUAAGUGUAGAGGAGAAAGCAAGUUUGUAA